AUGGCUGAACUACGAGAUCUGAAGAAGCAGGAGCGGAACCUUCGAAAGACAUUCGAUGCUAUUCAACACUUUCUGGAUACCUUCGACGCAGAAAGACACGCCAGUCAACUUGAUAUUCGUCUUCAGAGACUAGAUAUGGCGUUUAGUGAGUUCCACGUGGUCCGUAGGAAAAUCGAGCUGCUAACGGAUAAUGUUUCAUACUUGUCUGAAGCAGAUACGAAGGAGUCGGAUGAAGAGCGUGCAGAGCGACUAGAAACGUUGGCAGAAGCUAGAGAAGAUGAGAAUGUGCGUAUAAUGUUGGAUAUUGAGGAUCAGUAUUGUCAUUUGAAGAGUGAACUCGUACAUUGGAAGGCGGAUAUGUUCGGUAGUGCAACAGCUGGUCACUGUUCGACCUCGCAAGAUACGGCUGUUGGGUUUUCCAGAGUGAAGCUUCCAGAUAUUCGGUUGCCGACAUUCAGUGGCAAAAUUAAAGAAUGGGUCACUUUUCGCGACACGUUCAGGAGUCUGAUUCACGAAAAUCAUCAACUAACGACCAUGGAUAGAUUCACUUAUCUGAAGUCGUCACUCGCUGGAGAAGCCCUGCAGGAGAUAAGCGCGGUGGAAAUGUCAUCCGUUAAUUAUGAUGUGGCCUGGUGUAUGCUGGAAAAACGGUAUGAAAACACGAAGCUUAUCGUCAAAGCGCAUUUGGACUCUUUGUUUUCGGUGGAGGCUAUGAAAAGGGAAAACUACGAAACGCUGAACAAACUCAUCGGAGAUUUUGAAAAGAAUCUUUUAAUGUUGGACAAGAUGGGAGAAAACACAAGCAAUUGGAGCACCAUUCUAGUUCAUAUGAUCUGUUGA